GGCCCGUCAGGCACUGCGGUAGGCGUCCCAGGGGCUGGUAGGGCCCUGACCCCAAGAUGGCGGCGCCCAGCGAAGUGGCCGCGGCCACCUCUGGCGAGGGCGAUGGCGGGAGCGGCGGCUUUGGGUUAUGGCUAGACGGACGAUUGGAGGCCCUAGGGGUGGACCGAGCCGUUUAUGGCGCCUACAUCCUGGGUGUCCUGCAGGAAGAGGAGGAAGAAGAAAAACUGGAUGCUCUGCAGGGUAUCCUCUCUGCUUUCCUGGAAGAAGAUUCCCUCCUUAAUAUCUGCAAGGAGAUUGUGGAACGAUGGUCAGAGACUCAGAAUGUUGUCACCAAAGUGAAAAAAGAAGAUGAAGUACAGGCCAUUGCAACUCUAAUUGAGAAGCAGGCACAGAUCGUGGUAAAGCCCAGGAUGGUGUCAGAAGAAGAGAAGCAGAGAAAAGCUGCCCUCCUGGCUCAGUAUGCUGAUGUGACAGAUGAAGAGGAUGAAGCAGAUGAGAAGGAUGAUUCAGGUGCCACCACAGUGAACACUGGUUCUGACAAAUCUCUUUUCCGAAACACCAAUGUGGAAGAUGUCCUCAAUGCCCGAAAACUGGAGCGAGACUCACUUCGGGAUGAGUCCCAAAGGAAGAAGGAACAGGACAAGCUGCAGAGGGAGAGAGACAAACUGGCCAAACAGGAGCGCAAAGAAAAGGAAAAGAAAAGGACACAGAGAGGGGAACGAAAGCGAUAACCUUGGCCUAGUCUAUUUCCCCCAUCUAUGAACUUCAUCACAUAGCAACUGGUUGUGCACAUGUAUAUUUAAGAGAAAUGAGAGAACAUUGCAAAGUGGUUUCCCAAGGCAUUUCCCCUUUUGUUUACACGGUCAAAAGGAAAAUCACAAUCAUUUUUAAUUACAAAAUGUGCCAUGUUUUGGUGGUGUGGGCAGUCAGAUUAUUACAAUUGAUGUCUGUACCAAAGAUCUGGAAUGGGGGCAACCUUUAUAUUUUAAUACUAAAGUCCUAUGCUCCUUUGGCCACUUUAUAAAGUCUUCCCUCACCUUCAGUAAAUAGCAAGAGGAUUCAGAAAGCUAACGGCUACAGUUUUCAUCCUGAAGGAGUGGAAACAUGAUCACUCCUUGCCUCAGAUGAAAUGUGGGAGUGUUCAUGCAUUGGAAGCAGUAUUCACUCUUAAAUGUGGCAUUAUUUUAUGGUUGAAAUAGCUAAUGAAGAGCCCUCCCUGGCUCCCAGAUUUUAUGUUACAUGGCAGCAAAGUAGGAAAAUGUGAAGAAAGAUUUUUUAAAAACAUUUUAGCCUAUGGGAGGAAAAGAAGUAACUGAAAAUGGAGAUAGUUACAUAUUUUUCCUCAUCUAGGCUAUUUAAGGAUGUGUAACUGUUGGAUGCAAGAAUAUCAUUGUUAACUAAAUUCAUUUUUUUACAAUCAUGAAUCCUCGAGUGCUAAUAGAGAUUUUAGUAUUGAUUUUCCCUAAAACAUAUGAGUAUUAAUAAUAAUUCCUGGGUUAGGGAAGCUGGAGGAAUUGCCCUUUUGAGAAAGAAACACUGGAAAUCUUUGCUAACAUGAAUAUAUUUGAGUGUACAUAGUAGGCACUGAACAAAUUUAUUGAAUAACUGAAUGUAAAACUGCUUGGGAAAGUCAAAAAUGAGUGGAAACUCUCCAUUUCUACUCUUGUCACAAGCCACAUUCAAUUAUAAAUAAGGCUCUGCUCUGCUUCAGGCAGCAGACUGUCUAGAAGUCUAAGAGAGCAAUUUCUCUGAUAAGACAGAAAGUAAGAUAUUUUAUACCAAGGGCUGUCAAACUUCCGCCCCUGGGCCAAAUUUGGUCCAGUCUGGUUUUGUAUGGUGCAAACCAAAAAGGGUUUUUAGAUUUUUAAAGGGUUAGGAAAAAUAAGUGACAGAGACCAUAUGUGGUCUGUAAAACUUAAAAUAUUUAUUAUCUCGCCCUUUGGAGGAAAAGUUUGCCAGCCUCUGUUUUAUGCCAUUAACUAUGAGAUUAACAAAAACUUUUACCUUUUUUAUGCAGAAGGUAAAAAAGCAUGGUUAAGGAAAAGGAGAUGUGUUGCCUCUUCAUAUACUCCUAUAACCGUGGCAUUUCAGAAAAUAAAUGAAAAAACACCUUUUAAAAAAUAAAUUUUAUUUAAAUCACUGUCUUCUGACUUCCUUUGGUUUCUUCCAUCUCCCAUGGGAAUAAAAUAUGUGAGUAGCCAGUUAGGAAUGUGUUGAUUUAUAUUUCAUGCUUUGUUUUGAUUAGUUCUAUAAACUUAUAUUCCAUAGUGGAAUAUCAGUAAAUUGGCUUUCAAGUACUAUUGGAGUCUUAGUUCUUUAUGUGGUAGUUAGCAACAGGCUAUGGCUAUGGAAUUUGGUAAAGCCUAUAUUAAUAACCCUUAUUUUAGGAUUUGGUCUGUUCUCACUUUGAUUUUUGUUUCUGAAGGAGUCAGGUUAGAUAAAUGGACCUUUGAAGGAUACCUGUUUCUAUUUGUUAGUAGUUGAUGUCACAGUUAAGUAUGCAAACUAAUGCUUAUAACCAAAAAAAAGAAUCACCUCAUUAGGCUUUGAGUAAGGGUAUCACUUACUCAGGUGCUAAUGCUAUAGGUCUAAAAUGUCCAGUAUUGCAAUGGACAAAACCACAUCUUAAGUGGUAAUAUUGAGUUUUAGGCUAAAUUUGGAAUUUUGGUCAUAAUAGUAAUUCCCAACACUGUAAAACUUUACAGUAGCAGAUUAUUCAAGUGGAA